AUGGAAAAACUUGGAAGGGGACCGGAAAAGAAUCUAAAGGGAAGAAUUCUCUGAAAGAUUUGUAAGAGACUGACAAUUUGAUUCUCUGAUUCCCUAAGGUGGGAUCAGAGGAUCAGCAUCAUAUACAUGCUUAUAUAUUUUUAUUUAUAUAUAUAAAAAUUUCUGCACGUAAAAAGAGUUGCGUGUUAUCCUUGUAGAAGAUUUUUACAUAGCCAUUUCAGCAACAUAGCACAAAAACUAGAAGAAAAGGUAGUAUGAAACAUUGUUGAGAAGGUUUUUGAACGGUGAGUUAACCUUUUUGUGUGGUUUGCUGAAAUGGGUGUGCCUCCAAAUGAUGGCAAAAUGGAAGGGUGGUUGUUUAUCAUCAGGUCCCAUAGGUUUGGUUUACAGUUUUCACGCAGAAGGUACUUCAUUCUUCAAGAAAACUACCUCAGAUGCUAUAAGACAAUGCCCAUUUCACAGGAAGAGGAGCCGCUUAGAAGUGCAAAAAUAGACUCCUACAUUCGCAUCACAGAUAACGGAAGAGAAAGCAUCAAUCGGAAAGUCUUCUUCAUUUUCGCGCUUUACAAUAUUUUAAACGAAAAUGAUCAUCUUAAGUUGGGAGCAAGUGGUUCAGAAGAUGCAGGAAGAUGGAUUCGUUCCUUGCAGAAUGCUGUCUUGAAGGAGUGCCCAAAUCCAGAAAAGGAGUUCAUGUCUUUUUCUAAGAAGAACUGGCUACCUUCAAGAUUUGGCAGUGCAAAGAGGGCUCACCGCCAAAGAUCCAUAGAUUAUUACUCCUUCUUGCAUAAUGAGGCAGUGACAUCUGAUGUAAUUGCGCCGUCACCAUGGAAAAUCUUUGGUUGUCAGAAUGGAUUGCGUCUCUUCAAAGAAGCAAAAGAUUGGGAUUCUCGUGGGAGGCAUUGGGAUGAUCACCCAGCUAUAAUGGCAGUUGGUGUGCUUAAUGGGACUCCAGAAGCCAUUUUCCAUACUCUUAUGUCUCUUGGUGCCUCGAGAUCAGAGUGGGACUUCUGUUUUUACCGAGGCAGUGUGGUUGAGCACCUUGAUGGUCACACAGAUAUUCUUCACGCGAAGUUAUACAGCAAUUGGUUACCCUGGGGGAUGAUGCGUAGAGAUUUUUUGUUGCGACGAUAUUGGAGAAGAGAGGAAGAUGGAACAUAUGUAAUUCUAUACCAUUCUGUGAUUCACAAGAAGUGUCCUCCACAAAAUGGAUAUGUUCGAGCUUGCCUUAAAAGUGGAGGGUACGUAAUAACUCCUGUGAAUAAAGGAAGGGAAUCACUUGUAAAACACAUGCUUGCAGUUAAUUGGAAGUUUUGGAAAGUAUAUUUGCGUCAACCAUCUGGAAGAUCCAUAACCAUCCGCAUGCUUGAACGACUUGCGGCGCUGAGGGAGAUGUUCCAAGCCAAAGCCGGCAAUUAUCCAUCUGAUUUCUCUUCUGCAGACUCGGAAGUAAAAAUAAUGUUGCCCCAGGAUGAAGUGGAGGAUAUUAAAUCGGAAGAUAAAAGCCAACAGAAGUUCGAACUGAAUGCUGAUUUAGAGGAAGACGAGGCAGAAAAAACAACUUCAGGGCGCAGAAGUUUAAUGAGCCUGAAUGAUGCCUCUGAUGAAUUCUUUGAUGUUCCUGAUUCUGGUGAAGUGAUAGCUUUUGACCAUUUGGAGAAUGGCUGGUUUCCUGAAGUGAGUCAAGAAUGGCCUGCUUCGAACAUGUCCCAGCCCAGAUUAUCAUCUGCUGCUGUCUUUGUGAAGAAAUUACAUGACCUUGCAGUUCAGAAGAAGGGUUACAUGGACUUUCAAGAGUUGGCUAAAGAAGAAAACGUAGUGACAUCCUUUGGAAAUACUCUUCAAAAGGACUCAGCCUGUUCUUUACCAUGCAGUUGGGCUACUGCUGAUCCUACUACCUUUCUGAUUCGUGGAGAAAAUUAUUUCAAAGACAAUCUGAAGAUCAAGGCAACAGGCACAUUAAUGCAAAUGGUUGGUGCCGACUGGCUAAGAUCCGACCACCGAGAAGAUGAUCUUGGAAGCCGUGCUGAGAGCAUUGUUCAGAAGUUUGCAGCACAAGGUCGACCAGAAUUCUUCUUCAUUGUCAAUAUACAGGUUCCCGGUGUAACCCAGCAUACCCUUGCACUGUAUUAUAUGUUAAAAACUCCUCUGGAAGAAACUCCCUUGCUCCACAGUUUUGUCAAUGGUGAUGAUGCCUUUAGGAAUUCAAGAUUUAAGCUCAUACCUUAUAUUUCUAAGGGAUCAUGGAUAGUCAAGCAGAGUGUUGGUAAGAAAGCUUGCUUAGUGGGUCAAGCACUUGAAAUGAAUUACUUUCGAGGGAAGAACUACUUGGAGCUCGACAUUGAUGUCGGAUCUUCCACUGUAGCCAGAGGGGUGGUCAGCCUUGUUCUUGGAUACCUGAACCAUCUGGUCAUAGAAAUGGCAUUUGUGAUUCAGGGUAACACCGAGGAGGAGCUCCCAGAAGUCCUACUCGGAACCUGUCGACUGAAUAAUCUGGAUGCAUCCAAAUCAGUCCUUGUAUAGCCAUAUGAUUAUGACCAACAGUUUUUUUUCCCUUAUAAGCACCCCUUUUUGUUUCCUUCAUUCAUUUAAAACUCGAGUGAUGACAGUUUACUAAUUUCGUCAGUGGUUCUUUGGUAGGGCAAAUUAUUGUGUAAAGUUUUUUUUUUUUUCAUAUAGAGAUACAUGACCAGAGUACAUUAUUUAUUCUGUAUUUUUUAAUUUAAUCUGCUAAUUGAAGCGAUA